UUGUGCCUUUUUCAUUGUUCAAACCGCAGCAGGUUUCUGUGCUAUGUGAUAAUCGGAAUUCGCGAUGGAGUUCUCGAACGAUCUGCUGCGGCGCUAUCGCGACGAUCGCCGCAAGCUGCUGGAGUUCCUCCUCUCGUCUGGCCUCAUCAAGGAAAUCACCGCGGCGGCGGACAUCGAAUUCGAUCAUCUCAGCGCUGAUUACGUUCUCGAAUGCAUCCAGUCCGGUGGCGUGCUUGAUGUUUCUCAAGCAACAAGGAGGUAUCAUGAGGAGUCUUCACAUCCAAUAGCGAUGCAUUUGCAAUCAGGAGAUGUUUUUUACCUCCUCUCGGGAACAGAAUCAGCUGGAUCUCCACCUCGUCGUGUUGCACCGUCAAUCCCCCUGAACCGGAAAGCAAACGAAAGUGACUUUGUUGAAAGGAACAAUUUUCCUGGGCCUACCUAUCCAGCUGCAGAAAGAUCAUAUAUCUCCAGUCAGGAGGCUGGGAAUAAUUAUCAAGAAAAUACUAUCCCAUGUGCAAAAUCAUUGGAUAAUAAACUUACCCAUUCAGUAGGAUUACCAAAUCUAAGAACAGAAAUUCCAGUUUUGAGUAAACUGAUGCACAGUUUUAGGAUUUGUGAAGGUUUACGGGAUGAUGACUUGCGGGAAACUGCUUAUGAAGUGUUUCUUGCAUGUAUGCUUUUUUCCGGGUUAGAAAUUCAGACAACUGAGGGUAGAAAGAGAGAAAAAAGUUCUAAGUUCCUUUCUGGGUUAAAAAAUAGGAAAGAGAAACGGCAUAUGGAAUCGGCACCUAUUGAAAGUCAUUUGAAGGUCCUUGACACAAUUCGCUUACAAAUGCAGAUAUCUGAAGCUGCAGAUGCUUUUAUUAGGCGGAGAUUGACACAGUUUGUGAUGGGGAAAGUUUGCACUCAAAUCGAUGUUCCACAGUUGUCCUUGGUUCUCUUGACUGGUUUAUUAAGAUCUGAUUUUCCAAGCGAGAAAUCAUACCUCCAUUGGAAGAGCAGACAAGUUAAUAUUUUUGAAGAACUAGUUCGUUCUGAUCAUAUGAAGGCUGAAAAAGAGAUGAUCGAGGAGUCACUUGCAAAAAUAAAAAAUUCAAAGGAAUGGGAUAUGAAGAUGUCCUCUUCACAACGGAGGGAUGUUCUUUUAACUCUUCGACAAGUUGCUUUGGCAUUCUCAUCCAUACCUGGGCGCUUUGGAAUAGAGGGUGAAACAUACUACUGGACCAGUGGUUAUCAUUUGAACAUUAGACUCUAUGAGAAACUGCUUUUCGGUCUAUUUGAUGUUUUGGAAGAAAGUCAGAUUAUAGAGGAAGCAGAAGAGAUCUUGAAACUGGUCAAAUUAACUUGGUCAAUGUUGGGCAUUACAGAGAGACUGCAUCACACAUUAUUUGCUUGGGUGCUUUUUCAACAGUUUGUCACAACUGAAGAGGCAAUACUAUUGGACCAUGCUAUUCGCGAAGUGAAGCAUGUUUUAUCUGCUGACCUCAAGGAUGACAAAGAAGUGUCCUACAUGAGAAGCUUAACGUGCCCAACCGUUGGCAUUGAGUGCGAAACUAGAUUUGAUUUGCUGCAGUCCAUAUUUUUCUCAAUUAGUUUGUGGUGCAACAGUAAAUUGCAGGAUUAUCAUCUAUAUUUCAGUCAGAAAUCUUCGUUCUUUGAGAGGGUGUUGACAAUGGGGUUAUCCACUGGGACUCAAGAUUUUAUUCCACAGAGAAAUCCCCAGUCUACAGGAUAUUUCCUUCCUAAUGAUGUUGUUACUCAAAAGAUAAGAGUAUACAUUGAGAAAACUCAAUAUGCUGCCUGCAGGAGGGCUAUUGAUUUUGCUACUGGCUCUAUGAAUGGUAAGAUGCAUCCUCUGGCUAUUCUUGCAAGUGAACUCAAACAAAUUGCAGAGAAGGAUCUAUCCAUAUUCAGCCCCAUCUUGCGUCGUUGGUAUCCUGGAUGUGCCAUGAUCUCAGCCAAGAUGUUACACCAACUUUAUGGUGAAAGACUGAAACCCUUUAUGAAGGAUAUUACAAGCAUCACUGAGGAUGUCAGGAAAGUGCUUCCCGCAGCUUAUGGUCUUGAGUGUUACCUUAUUGAACUCUAUUCUUCAGCUUGUGAAGAAAACAAUUCACACCAUAGCAGAGGAUUUGAGCGUUAUCAGAUUGCUGAAAUUUCAAAGCCUUUCAUUCUGGAUUGGGUAGUUGCACAAUAUGAAAGAAUUCUGGAAUGGACUGGGCGUGCUUUUGAUCUUGAGGACUGGGAACCUCUAUCAGCUCAGCAAAAGCAUGCAGCUUCAGCAGUUGAAGUGUUUAGAAUCAUAGAGGAUACAGUAGAUCAAUUUUUUCAGUGGAGCCUCCCAAUGGACAUAACUCAUUUACAAGCUCUAUUAUCGAUAAUUUUCCACAGCCUGGAUACUUAUUUGUCGAAUGUAAUUAGCCAAUUAGUUGAGAAGCAAAAGUUGUACCCUUCUACUCCUCCACUGACUCGCUACAAGGAAGCAACAUUUCCUAUUAUCAAGAGAAAGGUGGCUGAGAGUUCAAUUAUUGAUCAUGAAAUAUAUAAAGAGUUGGAUGAGCUGACUUCUUCCAAGCUAUGUAUCAGAUUAAAUACUUAUCGAUAUAUUCAAAAACAAGUUGCGAUACUUGAAGAAGGCAUUAGGAAGUCGUGGGAAUCUGUCGCAUCAAACAGAAAAGACAGAUAUUCAACAGAGAGAACUCCUGGAACUUUGGAGCCAACAGAUUUAAAUGGUGAAUCAGUUUCUGAGCUUUUUGUUGCCACUUUGGAUUGCAUCAGGGAUUCUGCAGCUCAGGGUAUUCAGAAGACUAGCGAAUUUUUAGGUGCCAAAGUUGUAUUCUGGGAUAUGAGAGAUUCAUUCUUGUCUUAUCUAUAUUAUGGGGGCGUCGAAGGAAACCGCAUAGAAGCUGUACUGCCUCAAUUUGAUAAAGUCCUGAAUGAUGUAUGCAGUGUGAUUGACGAUACAAUCAGGGACCUUGUAGUGUCAAACAUUUGGAAGGCAUCAUUGGAAGGUUUUAUGUGGGUUUUACUUGAUGGAGGCCCUUCACGUGCAUUUUCUGAUUCUGAUACUGUAUUGAUUGAAGAAGACUUUAAUAUGCUAAAGGAGUUGUUUAUUGCUGAUGGAGAAGGCCUCCCUCGUUCAUUGGUUGAAGAGGAAGCAAAAUUUUAUCGUCAAGUUCUUAGCCUGUUUUCCCUUCAGACUCAAUCCUUGAUCAAGAUGCUAAUAUCAUCCAGUCAAAACAUGUCAGCCGGUGUGAAUAGUUAUAAAAAGGGUCAAAGAUAUGUUGGGGAUACUCAUACUUUGCUUCGAGUAUUGUGCCACAAGAAGGAUAAGGAAGCUUCAAAGUUCCUGAAAAAGCAUUAUCGGUUUCCUGCCUCUUCUGAAUAUGAUGAGACUGCAGUGGAGAGUUCCAGUUUCGGUUCCCCUUUUGUUGCAGACAUCUUGAAACGCGGUGCCUCCUUCAGUUGGUCUGAGAAAAGCCAUAGCAGCUUCAGGUCCAUAACGAAGAGAUUUCAACAAGUGUCGUGGAAAUAAGACCUGUGGCACGAUGAAAUAUGAUUACAUUUGGCCAGUAGCAAGCAUAUAAAUCGCGCGAAAACUGCAACAACUGAUGCCUCAGCUAGCUUAGGGCUGUAGCAGAGUCCUUUCGACCAAGAAGAGGAGAGGGUAGUGAUGCUUGUAGAAUAAAAUUAGCCGGAAAGGCGUAUUCAAACAUGCCUCUGAUCAGCCCAUGCUUUGAGCAAAUGCUCGAAAGCCGGAACUGGUGGAGCGAUUUUGGCAAAGGAACCACCUAUAUUAAUCAUUGUCGCUCAUAUAGUUGCACUUACAUAUACUUCCUUACUAUUUGUGAAUCGGUUGUUUAUGCAUACACACGCACAGUGAAAAUCAAUACUCCCUUCGUCUGCGAUUAAAUAUCUUUUUUUUUUUU